CUGGGUGGCGGGAGGAUGGGGGCAGGGUUGGGGGGCUCAGCAGGUACAGGCCAGGGUCUGGACAGCAGCCAGCUGCCCGGGGAAAGGGGCAGAUCCGUGUCAGUGUCUGCCGGUGGGCGUGGAGAAAGCCACGCUUGGGGCCCAGGCUGGGAAGACCAGGGGUCUGGCCAAGACAGCACAGGUGCCAGGGACCGGCCCCCAGGCUCCAGGGCUUCAAGCUCCCUGCAGGAGGAAGAUGCCACUUUCGGGGGGACCCAUGAAGGGCCACAAGCCUCCUGGGGCUGGGAGGGGGCUCCAGGCAGAGAGGAGGCUGGUGGGGGGCAAAGCCCAGGGUUCCCAGAUGGCAAAACUUCAGGUCUUGGAAGAAGCAGGGCUAGCGGCCCAGGGGACUCAGGUGUCCCGGGUAAGGGGACUUCUGCUGGGAGGGAGAAUGGCUCCGCCCAAAGGCCUGGGGAUUCGGGAUGCCAGGGAGCCUGGGAGGGCCCAGAUGGUCGCUCCGGCAGAAAAGCCUCUGGAGAUGGGUCACAGGGGACCCAGGGGCCCGGCUCUCAGCUGGGCACAGGACAGAGGGGAGGAAGGGGCUUCCUGAGGGAGCAGGGGUCCCUGGAGGCCCGACAUCCAGGGGCCCUAAAGGAGUACGAGGGCCGGGCAGCCAAGGAGUCAGGCAGGUCAGAAAGGAGGCUCGGUCCAUUCAGGAGCAGGACUCAGACGUGGUCCAGGGUUGAGGUUGGAGCAGCAAAGAGGUGGGGAGCACAUAAGGCCAGAGACCCGGGGGAACCGCCUGGGGGAGAGGACGGGGGAUGCCCAGGGAAGGCCCCCAGCCGUCCCGGCAGCAGGAAAGCCGGCAAAAAGGGCGGGUCAGACGUCCGCGGCCAGAGGACGGACGCCACCUGGAGUCCCAGAUCCAGACACAAGCCUGGCGCCGGCGGUUUCUCCCAGGAGGCGCAGGGCCCUACAGGCCACUUCUCCCAGGGCCUGGCUGACUUGGAGGUGCAGCGCGGGGAGGCUGCUGUGCUCUCCUGCACCCUCACCAGCGACCUGGGACCCGGAGCCUGGUUUAAGGAUGGAGUCAAGCUCAGCGCCCAGGACGGAGUCGCCUUCGAGCAAGACGGGCUGGAGCACAGGCUCCUCAUUGCCCGCGCGGAGGGGACCCAGGCUGGGAGGUACAGCUUUGGAGCCGGCGACCAGCAGAGCGAGGCCACGCUGACCGUCCUCGAGCCCCCGGUCAUCGCUCCCGACAUGAUGGCGAAGCUGAGGGAGCCGCUGGUGGUCAAGGCGGGGGAGCCAGUGACCAUGAAGGUCGCCUUCCAGAGCUGCCUCCCGGUCCAGGCCACCUGGAGCAAGGACGGGGUCAAGGUGGCCGGCGGCGACGGCGGAGGGGCCCAGGUGGCAGUGGGGGACAGCUCCACGCGGCUGUACCUCCCCAGCACCAGCAGGAAGGACUGCGGCCAGUACAGCGUGGCUCUGAGCAGCAAGGGCGGCUCCCUGCGGGCCGAGCUCACCCUGCAAGUCCUAGACAAGCCUCAGCCCCCACAGGGCCCCCUGGACGUGCAGGACGGCCACGGGGCUGGCGUCUGCCUCUGCUGGCGGCCCCCGGCGGACGACGGGGGCCAGGCCCUGCAGCACUAUGUGGUGGAGAGGCGGCAGGCUGGCCUCGGCACUUGGCUGAAGGUGGGCGAGCCCCCUGCGGACAGCACCACCUUCACAGACGCCGAGGCGGAGCAGGGCAAGAAGUACAGCUUCCGCGUGCGGGCCGUGACCGCGGAGGGGCCUGGGGAGGCCCUGGAGUCCGACGAGGUGCUGGUGGCUCCCGAGGUUCUGCCCGGGCCCCCUCCCCCGCCAGCCAUCCUGUCGGCCUCCAGCCAAAGCAUCACUCUGUCAUGGACGGCACCUCGGGGCCCGGGCAGUGCCCACAUCCUGGGCUACCUGAUCGAGAAGCGCAAGAAGGGAAGGAACACCUGGGUGGCAGUGAACCAGCAGCCGGUACCUGAGAAGAAGUGGACGGUACUGGACCUGAGGCAGGGCUGUCAGUACGAGUUCCGGGUCACAGCCGUGGCCCCCUCUGGCCCCGGGGAGCCUGGGCCCCCAUCGGAUGCCGUCUUUGCUCAGGACCCCAUGAGACCCCCCGGGCCCGUGAGGGAUCUCCAGGUCACGGACACGUUGCACGCCAGCAUCACCCUGAGCUGGGCCCAACCGGACCCCCAGGAUGGGGACGAAGCGCUGGGCUACGUGGUAGAGCUGGGCGACUCAGCCAGCCCGCAGUGGAGUCCGUGCCACGCAGGCACCGUGCCGGGCACUACCUACACGAUCAAGGGGCUGCGGCCUCGGGAGGGCUACUUCGUGCGGGUGACAGCCGUGAAUGACGGGGGCCGAGGCCCGCCCACUGCCCUGGACACGGUGGUGCAAGCCAUGCCCGUCAGUGUCUGUCCCAAGUUCCUCAUGGACGCCAGCACGAAGGACUCGCUGACAGUCAGAGCUGGGGACACAGUUCGUGUGCCUGUCCACUUUGAGGCCGCCUCCAUGCCGGACGUGACCUGGCUAAAGGAUGGCUUGCCCUUGCCUAAAAGAAGUGUGACCUCCAUCAAGGAUGGCCUCACCCAGCUCCUGGUCCCCGCGGCCAGCCUCGCUGACAGCGGCCUCUACACUGUGGUGCUGAGGGGUCCGCGGGGGGAGGAGGCCACCUAUAGCUUCCGCCUCAGGGUGGCAGCGCGCCCACGGGCCCCGGGGCCCAUCCUCCUGCGGGAGGGCACGCUGGGCUCAGUGAUCGUCGAGUGGGUGCCGUCCCCGGACGAGGCCGACGGGAGGGCCGCCCCGCUGCACUACACGGUGCUGACGCGCUCCUCCCCGCACGCGCCCUGGCGCCCCGCGGCCGAGCGCCUGCACACCUGCCGCUUCACCCUGGUGGGCGUCCUCCCGGGCCACGAGUACCACUUCCGCGUGGUGGCCAAGAACGAGCUGGGCGCCAGCGAGCCCUCGGACACGCGCCAGCCCUGGGUCGUCCCGCGGCAGCCGCCAGUUUCCACCGCAGACAGGGUCACGGUGAAGGCUCCCAGCUACCAGGAGCCCGACCUGAGACAGAAGCCCCGCUUCCUGGUGGGCCUGCGGACCCACCUGCUGCCCCUGGGUUCUGAGUGCUGCAUGACCUGCGCCGUGCAGGGCUGGCCGCGGCCCCGCGUCACCUGGUUCAAGAACGACCAGAGCCUGGCAGGCGACCCCGCCGUGUACAGCACCGACCUGCUGGGCGUGUGCUCCCUGGUCAUCCCCAGCGUCUCGGCCGAGGACGGUGGCAAGUACAAGGCGGUGGCCGAGAACACACUGGGCCAGGCCAUCAGCACCGCCACCCUCAUCGUCAUGGGACGACAAGCCGGGAUCCUGGUCCUCUGUGUCUUGCAGAAUCUAGCUCUGAGCCCCAACACACCCUGGAGUGCCCCAGCCCAUCCCCACAGCCUUGGAAUGAAGGCAGAUCCUCGAAGGUUCACUCCUCACACCGCACUGGCCUGGGGAGGCAGUCCCAGAGGAUGCAGGAUGCUGGCCGUGCCCAGAGCCCCAGGGAGAGGGGAGUGAGUGGGCUCCUGGGGAAGCUCCUCCCGGAGGGCACGGAGGCUUUGGGGAAGACAAAGAAGAAGCGAACAUUCAGCCUCCCAGCCCCAAGCUGAGUCACUGAACAGGAUGGCAGCGAGCCUCCUGCCUGGGGGAGCGGAGGGAACUGGAUGUGUCUGCAGGAUGGAGGCCAGAUCCCUUGGGGGGAGGUCAGGACGGGCUGUGCCUGAGUGACCACAGUGAGGGGAGAGCACGGGGGCCGAGGACCUGGGCGGGAGCCAGGUGUGUGUGUGCGUGCUGGGACAGCUGCUCUCUGUAUGUUGUUUCUUUAUUAAAGCAUUGGCUAACA